AUGUUCGCCACGCCUACGCGCCAGACCAGGUCGUCCAGCCGACUCAGCGCGGGCCGCGCCGAGAGUGCCAAUCCACAAGACCGCAGCACCCCUCAAAGAGACCGUGCCGCCAAUCGCUACCUCCGCUCGCCCUCCCAGGUCCUCCGCAUGUCGCCGCCCGGCACCAAUAGCCGCUCAGUCCUCGACGGCAAGAGGCCGCCCGUCCGCAUCAAGGAGGAGACCGAAGAAGAGGAACACUCGAGCCUGCGCGACGACGCGCCCGACGCCACUUCAUCCACCACCAGCUUCAACCGCAGCAGAAACAACCGCCUCACGCUCCAGCCCUCGAGCUUCUUUGUCCGCGAGCGCUCCAACGGCAACCUGCCGCAGCAGAACUCGUUCAGCUCUGCCGGCAACACGCUCGGCGGUCCGACCAACCAGCUCCUACGCGGUGCACAGAAGCCCAGCUACGACCCCUACUCGCCCUCGCACUCGCGCACCUCGGUCGGCAUGCACUCGAUCCUCUCGAGCGAGCCGGACGACUCGCGCAGCCUUGCGUACGACUACCAGGCAGAGGAGCGCCUAGCCGCCGAGCUCGAGGCCGAAGAGAUGGAGAGGAGCGCAGCAGGCCCCAGCCGUCGCAACGGUCGAGAGCACAGCGACGACGACGACGACGACAGUGACGACGGUAGCGAUGCUACGUCUGCGGGCGAGGGUGAGGGGCGAGCAGGGCCAUCGUCGGCGGCCGAUCGCGCCAACCGGCGGAGACGGCCAAGGACGUCCAAGGACAACCUCCCCUACCGUCCCGACUCGAACGACGAGGACCGCGAUACGGACGGCUCGGACGGCGGCCGAAAGCACAGCCACCGGCGCCGCUCCCGCAACGACUGGCCAAAGAUGCGCGAGGGCCGCGACGACAACAAGAUCUGGUGCGGGCAGAAGAAGAAGCGGCGCUCGCCCCGCAAGAAGGACGAGAACGGCAACGACCUGCCGGACGACUCCUUUGCCGGUACCACGCACGGCUCUUUCCUCGAUGAUACCCCACCGACGACGACAGCGGCCGACGCGACACAGCUGCUAUCCAAGGCGGUCGAUCCUACGGCGCAGAAGACUGGCACCGGAGCGGGACAGGAAGAGGACAUCGGUAGCUCCGUUCCUUCUGCCGUCCGCACCUUCGUCUUCGGACUCGCCUCCCUCAUCUUCUCAGCGCCACUGAUGGUUGCGAACCAGGCUUUGCAUCGGCUUCAAGCGCUCGGCAUCGCACGGGCGCUGACGUGGAUCGUCGUCCCCCUCAUAGGCCUGGUGCUUCUGCGCGCCGCUACCGCCCCGAGCAACUGGGGCAGCGAGAACCCCAUCAUCGUCGACGACGUCCCGAGGUCCUCGGGCUUUGACCUUUUCGGCCUCUUGUCCUCGCGAACGUCAUCCCGCGUGCUGACGCCGCCCGACGAGCCCCCGACGAGCUUCUCGGACCUGACGGACCGGCUCACGAACCUCGAGGGCGCCUUCCAGAAUGAGCACGAGCGCGUCGAGCAGCGCUUCCGCGCCCACGACAAGCGUAUUUCCCGCCUCGAAGAUGCGUCGGACGCGGCGGCGCAGCAGAUCGAGCGGCUCAGCGCCCAGCACGAGGGGGCCAGUGCUAAGCUUGACCGUCUCGAGAGCGCGCUGGCCGCGCGGGACGCCAAGCUCGGCGAAGAGCUCCGCCUGCUCAAGGGUCAGCACGACAAGCUCGAGCAGCGAACGACCAAGGACUCGAAGGCGAAUCGGGCGGAGCGAAGCCGCCUGCAGAGCCAGAUGGCCAAGGUCGAGGCGGAGCUGCAAAGGACGCGCAGCCUGGUCGAAGGGCUCGGCGAGGCGCAGAGGAAGGGCGAGCUGGCCCUCGCCGAGUUCCGCGAGCUAGUCAAGCCGCUGCAGCAGCUGCUGCCGGCGCAGAUGCCCGUCCGCUCCGACCCAAAGACGGGCAGGAUCCACAUCGAGCCGUCGUUCUGGAAGGAGCUCAAAAAGGUGUUUGCCACCAUCGACGGCGACUCCAAGUUUCUCUCGGUGCCCGAGACGGCGUGGGAGGGUUUCCUGCGCGCCAACCAGGCGGCCAUCACCGAGCUCGUCGCCGAGCAGGUCGACCAGCGCACCGCCAAGGUGCUCGAUCGCGACACAUUCGUGCGCCUGCUCAACAACGAGGCGGAGCGGAUCAAGGUCGAGAUCUCGGAGCAGCUCAGCAGCGCCAGCCCGCGCCCCGACCGCGAUGCGCUGGUCGCCAUGAUCGCGCCGGAGCUCGACGUGCGCCUCGAGCGCGCCAAAGACGAGCUGUCGGAUCGCUUCAACGACAACGUCGAGGCGCUGCAGAACGAGAUCCUCGCCAAGGUGCGCAAGCAGAACCAGAUGUAUGAGGAGGCGGGCUCGUGGAGGCCCAAGGGAGCCAAGCUGCCCGGCUCCGGCACCGGCAGCAGCAGCAGCAGCAACAACGGGGCCAGUGGCGACGAUCUGAGCCGCAUCGCGUUUGGUCCGGGAGCCCUGCCCCUGUCGAAGGUGGACCUCAAGCUCAAGGACGGUACCGACCUCAAGGGAUCCGUCCUGGCCCUCAUCGACGCCGCGCUCGAGCACUACUCGGCCGACCGGAUCGGGCUGCGCGACUACGCACUCUAUUCGGCCGGCGGCCGCAUCGUGCCCGAGUGGACCACCGAGACCUACGCCUACGACCCGUCGUCUUCGUGGGGCGCCCGGUGGAUGCCCUCGUUUGGCAGCCGCACCAAGGGUUCCCGCCCGGCGGCUUCGUCGUCUGCCAAGCCCGGCGCUCCGCAGAGGGCGAUCCGUGGACGGCCGCCGCUCGUGGCCCUGCACCCAGACACGUCGCCGGGCAUGUGCUGGUCGUUUGCCGGCCCGACGGGCAGCCUGGGCGUCUACCUCUCCAAGCCGACGCACGUCACGGCCGUCAGCAUCGAGCACACGCCACGCGUCCUGUCGCUCGACGAGGGUUCCAGCGCCCCGCGCGAAUUUGCCGUUUGGGGCAUCGUCAGCGGCGAGGCCGACAGGCGCAAGCUCGCCGCACACCGCGCCGCCAUGGCCCGGCGCGCCUACUCGUCGUCGUCGUCGUCAUCGUCGUCAUCGUCGCAGAGCGAGGCCACCGGCAGCGGGGACGGGGACGACGGCGGAUCGAUCGAUGCGGCACCGCCGCCGCCGUCGGACGCCCACGUGCUGCUCGCCACGGCCACCUACCAGCUGCACCAGGGCGCGCGGACCGUGCAGACCUUUAGCGUGCCCGCCGACGUCGUCGCGCUCGGCAUCAAGGUACCCUCGGUGCAGUUCCAGUUCCUCAGCAACCACGGCCACCCCGCCUUCACCUGCGUCUACCGCGUCAGGGUGCACGGCGACACCUAG